GAAUUGAGGAAUGAAUAGAACAUUGACUUACUAAAAAAAAAAAACUCCAGUGCAAAAUCAAAUGAAUGAACUUCACCCAGAGAAAGGGGAAAGGGGCCAAUAACACUGAUUCAUUCAAUUUUAUUACCCGCUCAACAACUCUCUCUCUCUCUCUCUCUCUCUCAAUCGAUACAGAAGAGAGAAAAAAUUUCAACUGUAAACAAUGCUCGCCGCUGCUUCGAGGCACGCCAGGUACACACCCGGCCGCAACAACCGUGUCCGGUCACUCUUAAACGCUUCCGGCAUCACCACCGGUUACUCAAUUCCCACUUCAAAUGGAAUCAGUUACAGUUACAGUUACAGUAACCUCAACACCAGAACUUCCCCAAGCUUACUCUUCUCUAUCAAAGCCUUUCUCUCCGAUCCAUCAUCAUCACAUAACAGAAGUUUGAAGGUAGAUGGAAGAGCGUUGUUUUCAACUUCAGCUAAAACUGAUGAAGGAAGUCAGAGGAAUAAAAAAACUGAUUCUAAUGUGGCUAAAUCGCCUCCAGGUGGUGCUGAUUUAAGGAUCCUAAAAUCGCUUGCUGGUUACCUUUGGAUGAAAGAUAAUCCCGAAUUUCGGUUUCGGGUUGUUGCUGCAUUGUGUUUACUUGUUGGAGCCAAGGUUGUGAAUGUUCAGGUCCCUUUCUUAUUCAAGCUUGCAGUUGAUUGGUUGAAUACUGCCACGGGCAAUGCUGGUCUUGUUGCUUCAAGUCCUACUGUGAUGACACUUUUUGCUACCCCCGCGGCAGUGUUAAUUGGAUAUGGGAUUGCUCGUUCGGGAGCUUCUGCUUUCAAUGAACUGCGGACUGCUUUGUUUUCUAAGGUAGCUCUGCGAACAAUUCGUUUAGUUUCAAGAAAGGUCUUUUCACAUUUGCAUGACCUUGACCUCCAAUAUCAUCUAAGUCGAGAAACUGGUGCAUUAAGUCGAAUAAUUGAUCGUGGUAGUCGUGCAAUAAAUUUCAUUCUCUCCGCUAUGGUGUUCAAUGUACUACCUACCAUAAUAGAGAUAUCUAUGGUAUCAGGUAUACUGGCCUACAAAUUUGGAGCACCUUUUGCGUGGAUUACAUCCUUGUCAGUUGCUGCUUAUGUUGCUUUUACACUUUCUAUCACACAGUGGAGGACUAAAUUCAGGAAAGCCAUGAAUAAGGCUGAUAAUGACGCUACUACCAGGGCUAUUGAUUCACUUAUUAAUUAUGAGACAGUCAAAUACUUCAAUAAUGAAGGUCAUGAAACUGAUCAUUAUGACAAGUACCUAGAGAGGUAUGAGGAUGCUGCUCUGAAAACCCAACACAGUCUCGCUUUGUUGAACUUUGGUCAAAAUGCUAUAUUUAGUGCCGCUCUUUCAACAGCAAUGGUUCUGUGUUCUCAUGGGAUCAUGAAUGGCACAAUGACCGUUGGUGAUUUGGUGAUGGUAAAUGGGCUUCUCUUCCAACUAUCUCUUCCACUCAAUUUCCUUGGUAGUGUUUAUCGUGAAACUAUACAAAGUCUAAUUGACAUGAAAUCCAUGUUCCAAUUACUUGAGGAAAAAGCAGACAUUAAGGAUAAAGAAAAUGCACAGCCUCUAAGAUUCAAUGGGGGAAAGAUCCAAUUUCAGAAUGUACAUUUUAGUUACCUCACAGAAAGAAAGAUACUAGAUGGAAUAUCGCUACUUGUGCCAGCUGGUAAAAGUGUUGCAAUUGUUGGGACUAGUGGAAGUGGAAAAUCAACCAUUCUCAGAAUGCUAUUCAGAUUUUUUGAUCCCCAUUCUGGAAGUAUAAAGAUAGAUGAUCAAGAUAUUCGGGACGUAACCCUUGAGAGUUUACGAAAGUCUAUCGGUGUUGUUCCACAAGAUACUGUACUUUUCAAUGAUACAAUAUUCCAUAACAUUCACUAUGGUCGGCUUUCAGCAGCAGAAGAGGAGGUCUAUGAAGCCGCCCGGAAAGCAGCAAUCCAUGACACCAUCAUGAGUUUUCCUGAGAAAUACGCCACUGUUGUGGGAGAGCGAGGGCUAAAGUUAAGUGGUGGUGAGAAGCAACGUGUUGCCCUUGCUCGGGCAUUCUUAAAAGCACCUGCAAUUCUGUUGUGUGAUGAAGCUACAAGUGCUCUUGACAGCACAACAGAAGCAGAGAUUUUGAGUGCAUUGAAGUCAUUAUCAAACAAUCGAACUUCCAUAUUCAUUGCUCACAGGCUCACCACUGCGAUGCAGUGUGAUAAGAUCAUUGUUUUGGAAAAUGGAAAGGUGGUUGAGCAUGGACCACAUGAAGUGCUCUUAGCAAAUGCAGGAAGAUAUUCACAGCUUUGGGGACAGCAAAAUAAUACUAUUGAUGCAAUUGACCCGGCCACCAAAUUGGGAGCAUAAAGAUUAUAGAAACCAUCUUCCUUUAUCGACUCAAGAUUGGAAGAAAUGCAUUGCACAAUGUUAAUGGUGCAUGUAUUAAGUCCAUUUUGAAGCUCAGCAGUGCAGUGUCAGUCAUAAGAUCUCUUCAGCACGAGUAUCACAUUCCUUAUUGUUGGGUAGUGCAGCAGGGUCGUCGAUUUACUAUAAUGGUGAAUUUGAAAAAUUCAUACAUAAUUUAUUAGUGUUCAAAAGAACUCAUCAGUGUUAGAUAAAUGAAGUUGGAUCGGCUUCUGUAGACAGCAAAAUUUUGUAUGAUAUGUAGAUUAUAAAUCGUAUUAUUGCAUAUUCUAAGCACUUCUAAAUAACAAGAAGCGCUUACCUGUAUAUGGAGUGCUAGACUGACCAGUGACAUGUACCUGCUUAUUUUGCAGCUGAUUUAUUUUUUACAUUUUUUUAGAGUGGAUUGAUUCAGUAAUCUUAUUCCAGAAAAA